UUGGUUACUAGGGAACUAAUGCGGUCAAAGGCAUUGUCCUAGAAUUGCCUUUACAGAAACAGGUGCGACUAAAUGUUGAAGCCUUAUCAAAGAUGAAAAAAUUGAAAAUUCUUAAGAUUAGAACCGAUGAUUGUGGAGUACUAGGCCUUUCUAUAGCUCGUGACAAUUAUACACGCACUCUGGAAUGGCAUGGAGAUCCUUCAAAUUUCAUGAUAAGCAAUGAGUUAUGUGUUAUGGAAAUGUGGAGAUAUCCUUUUGAAUCCUUGCCGAUCAAUUUCCAACCAAACAAUCUUGUUGAGCUCAUUAUGCCUCACAACUACAUCAAACAACUGUGGGAUGGAAAGAAGAGUUUUGACAAAUUGAAACACAUUGACCUGAAUGGCUCUCAAAACUUGAUCGAGACACCAGACUUGAGCGGAAUCCCAAAUCUUGUUAAACUAAAGCUUGAACAUUGUACAAGUUUGUCUAAGGUCCACCCAUCCAUUGGAUCUCUAAGACAGCUAAAAUGGUUGAAUCUACAUGAUUGCAAAAGUCUUGAGAGACUUGUAGAUGAGAUGAGAUUGGAAUCACUUGAGUAUCUUAACCUUUCUGGUUGUUCAAGACUCAACAAGUUGCCAGAUUUUGUGGGUAAUAUGACAUCCUUACAUGAACUUUAUUUGGAUGGGACUACCAUAAAAGAGUUACCAUUAUCAUUUAAGACUUUGUCAUCUCUUGUAAGUCUCAAUAUAUCCUAUUGCUCAAGACUAGAGAAAAUCCCAAAGAACUUCAUUAGUGGUAUGGAAUGUCUAAAGCACCUUUGGGUUGCUGGAAAUGGCUCAGAUCUCAUUAGUCUUUUGAUGCCUAAUUGGUUCUCAAGUUUAAGCUCUUUAAGAGAACCAGAUUUUAGUAAUUGCAAUCUAUCAAAUGGAGCGAUCCCCAAUGAUCUUUGCUGGCUAUCCUCACUUGAAAUUUUAAAUUUGUCUGGAAACAAAUUUACGAGGAUACCAGACAUCUGGCAGCUUUCUAAGCUUGAAAAGCUAAAUCUAAGUUAUUGCAACCUAUUGGAUGGAGCGAUCCCUAAUGAUCUUAGUGGCUUAUCUUCACUUCGUUUUUUAAAGCUAAGUGGGAACAAAUUUACGAGAAUGCCAGAUAGUGUGAAUCAACUUUCUCUUCUUUUAGGACUUGACUUGGAAGAUUGUAGUUGGCUUCAAGUAUUGCCGAAGCUUCCAUUAGGAUUAGCAUGCUUGUAUAUAAAAGCUUGUCCAUCGCUUAAGAUGUUCUAUAACCAAAUGGAUGUGUGGACUUCAAAUGAAAUAUUAAGGAGCACUGAUUGCUCUUUUUCAGCCACUUAUAUUGAUUAUGAUGGCAAACCCAGCAAGAUCCUAUAUCUGCAUCCACGAAGUCCUUUAUGGAUUGAGAGCAAUGCUGUGAAAUCUCUUUAUACCGAGGUAGCAUGUGGCCCUGCGCUGCUGGGAUCAGGAAUCCCAGAGUGGUUUAACGAUAAAAGCACUAAUUUAUCUGGAACAAUUCAAAUGCAUACAGAUUUGGGCUCAUAUGGGUGGAAGGGGUAUGCUCUUUUUAUUGUUUAUGAAUUUCAUGAGCCUGACAGAAACAGAAAAAAACAAAAGGUACAUGAGCAUGGGAAUUCCAAUUCUAGAAUAUUUGAUGGCGGCAAUCCUAAUUUUCCUUACUUUGUUUGCCAAUUUCAUGCCAAUGAAGUUGAUCUUGAAAAACCCUUAGUCCUUUUUGACCAUAGAGUCCCUUCUGUUGAGCCAAGUGGAUUUUGGGUGUAUAUACCAGCUACUUGGUUCACGAGAAGAGCAACGAAUGGUUUGGAUGGUGAAUGGAGCAACCUUAAGGCUUCAAUUACAACAGGCAGCUUGGAUGUAGAGGUAAAGGAGUGUGGGGCGAGUGUAGUUCAUGAGCAUGAUGCUUCAGAGUUCGACCAAGUUCUCAACAGCAUUUCUCCAAGUGGUUUGGAUUUAGAAGGUGGUUGGAAAUCUUUUUUAGAUUUGAUCAGUGAUAAUUAUAUCAUAGUCCGUGGCCCUAUAGCAUAGGAUCUUUUGAAAAAAAAUCAAAGGUCUAAAGUUCGCCCCAUAGGAAACAACUUCUUAACGGGCAUUCAAACAAAGAUGAGAAAAAGUUGACGUUAUCAGAGUCUCAUUUUCCAUCCCAGAGGAUAGGGCAAAGCAAUAAUUAAAGAAAAUGAGAAGCAAAGCGCAAGAAUGGCGAGUGAGGAAGCGAUGGCUGCGAACACAGAGGCACCUCUCUCAACAACUCUACACCUUUGACACUGUACAAGAGUUUUGGUGGUGAGUUUCCAAUUUUACUCUCUCUCUCUCUCUCUCUCUCUCUCUCUCUCUCUCUCUCUCUCUCUCUCUCU